AUGAUGAGCGAUUCUGUAAAUGGUGAUUUCUAUUGCGAUGAAACGAGUAGUUGUAGUAAUAUUAGUGCUUCACUUGAUGAAUUGCCUGUUAAUUCAAAAAUGAUUGAAGAGGAAGCUAAAUUAAUUGCAGAAAAUGAAAAAAUUGAACAAGAUAUGAAUUUUGUAAAUGAUUCAGAAGGAAUUUUAAGUGAAACAUGUGAUUUUAUCACUGAAGAAGAUUGGUUGUUGGCCAGGGAACAAGAAAUUAAAGAAAGAAGAUACAAACAAUUAUUACAUUUGUUAAAUAAUAGUCAAACAUAUUCGAUGAUAUUGAAAGAUAGAUUGGAAAGUGAAAUGAAAAACAACAAAGUUAAAGCGGGAAGAAAAAAAUCAAAUGCUACAAAUAAAAAAACAAAUUCUUUAGAAUCUUGUAAAUUAGGGGAUGUUAUUUCUCAAGAGAGCAUUGAUGAAAAUACAGUCAGUAAUGAAACUAAACCUCAGGUUCAAAUCGAUGAAGAAGAUUAUUUCAAAGAAACUAGAGUUACCAGAUUAGGAUAUACCGUUUCUUACAAACAACCAUUACUGCUCGAAGGAGGCAUUAUGAAAGAUUAUCAAUUGAAAGGCUGUGAAUGGCUCAAAAUAUUAUUUACGAAUGGAGUUAAUGGAAUAUUGGCUGAUGAAAUGGGAAUGGGGAAAACUAUACAAGUCAUUGCAUUUAUUUGUCACAUGAUAGAACAAGAUAUCAAGGGUCCUUUUUUAGUUGUUGCUCCACUGUCAACAGUUAGCAAUUGGAUGAUGGAAUUCAAAAGAUUUGCACCCAAAGUUCCUACUUUAUUAUAUCAUGGAAAUGAAGAAGAAAGAAAAGCCAUGUUACCUGAUAUAUUAAAAACAACUUUAGUUAUGAAAAAAUUAAUUCAUCCUGUUGUAAUCACAUCUUACAAUGUACCCAUGAGAGAUACAGCUGUCUUGGGUAAAAUAAAUUGGUAUUAUUUAAUUAUAGAUGAAGGUCAUAGAAUAAAAAAUCAUAAUUCUUUAUUAUCCAGAAUAUUGAGAAAAUUUAAUACGGUCGGUAGACUUCUUUUAACAGGAACUCCUUUGCAAAAUAAUCUCACAGAGUUGUGGUCGUUGUUAAAUUUUUUAUUACCUGAAGUUUUUAACACUUUAGAAGUUUUUGAAUCUUGGUUUGAUAUUAAAGAAUUAGAAUCCAACGGAACAAAAUUUAUGUCCGAGAAGUUCAAUAUAGAUGUCGUUUCGAUUCUUCAAGAGAUAUUAGUACCAUUUUUACUUCGUCGGGAAAAAAAAGAUGUUAAUUUAAAAUUACCACCGAAAAAAGAAAUACUCAUUUAUUGUCCGAUGACACCUAGUCAAAAAAAAUUAUACCAAGGUAUUUUAGAUAAAAGUAUCGAAAUUUUAAUUAAACCGAAGGAAAAUAAAAAUGAAAUAACAACAUUAGGAAAACGUAAAUGUUUUUUACAAAGUCCUUACGGAAAUAAAAAAUCGAAAUAUGAAGAACCCGUUGAAAGUAAACCAACGAUCGAAAAGGGAAAAGCAGAAGAAGAAAGAUUUAUAACCAAUUUAGUUUUACAAAAUCCUCAAAUGAAUCUUCGAAAAGUCGUCAAUCAUCCAUUUUUGAUACAAUAUCCGUUAAAAGAGGGAACCGAAGAAUUAAGAAUCGAUGAAGAUUUAGUUAAAGAAUCUGGAAAAAUGUUAGUUUUAGAUGCUUUACUUUCAAAAUUGAAAUCACGAGGACACAAGGUUAUAAUUUUUUCAUUUUUCAAAGUCGUACUCGAUAUACUCGAAGAUUACGUCUUGCUUCGUGAUUAUCAAUAUAGUAGAUUAGAUGGAGAUUUAAAUAUUCCAAAACGUAAUGAAGAAAUACAAAAAUUUAUGGAUAAUCCUGAAAUAUUUGUUUUUUUAAUAACAAUGAGAUCCGGUGGUUUAGGAAUUAAUUUGACGGCUGCUGACACUGUUAUUUUUUACGAUAGCGAUUGGAAUCCAACAAUUAAUUUACAAUCCCAAGAUAGAUGUCACAGAAUAGGACAAUCAAAACCUGUUAUGAUAUACAGACUUUGCGUCAAAGGAACAAUCGAUGAAAAAAUAAUAGAAAGGGCUAAUGCGAAAAGACGUUUGGAAAAAAUGAUUUUACAAAAAGGAAAAUUCACUCUCGGUUCGAAAAAUUCGAAAAAAUUAAAUUUGAUGGAUUUUAAAGAAUUGAAACAUUUAUUAGAAUCAAUUAAUCACGACAUAACGAUUAAUGCAAACGGAUUCGUUUUAAGCGACGAAGAAUUAGAAGCACUUUUAGAUCGUUCUACGGUUAAUGUUGAAAAUUCUUGCGAAAAUGAUGAUAAUAAGGAUGUUUACAGUACUGAUUUCCAUGUAAUUAUUUGUUGUUUCGUGUGUGAUUUCUUAGUCAUUGUUUUAAAUUUUUUUUAUGUUGAGUAA